CACCUCCCUCUCAGUAGGUUUCCUCCUCAGUCGGAGGGAGCUGCAGAGGACCAACAGGACGAGUCAGUUCUGAUCGUGGACUCUGAGAGACGCACACACAGACACACACCGUCACCAUGAGGUUCGAGGAGAUCCUGGACGACGUUGGCGGCUUCUCCAGGUUCCAGUUCAUGAUCCUGUUGAUCCUGUGCCUCCCUCGAGCCAUCCUCCCCCUCCACUUCCUCCUGCACAACUUUGUGUCUGCGACGCCUUCUCACCGCUGCGCCCUCGCCGGCCCUGAUGACGGGGACGGGGUGUCACAGAGCGCCGACCCCGGGUCCCUGGCCCUCAGGAUCCCCCGCCAGGAGGACGGCUCCUUCAGCUCCUGCAGAGUUUACGACCCCCCCCUCAGCCCGGACUUUGACCAGGGUAACAUGACGGCACCUUGCCCGCACGGCUGGAUCUACGACCAAUCACAGUUCAGCUCCACGACCGCCACAGAGUGGGAUCUGGUGUGUGAAGACAAACAGCUGAAUCAAGCCCUCGCCACCUACUUCUUCCUCGGGGUCACGUUUGGAGCCAUCUUGUUCGGGCAGCUUUCUGACAAGUUUGGCCGUAAGUCGAUGCUUCUCCUGGCGUUACUCUUCUCUAGCAUGCUGGGCGUCACCUCCGCCUUCUCCACCUCCUACGUCAUGUUCGCCGUCUCCAGAGCACUGUGCGGCGUGGCGCUUAGCGGGCUGUCCAUCAUCGGCGUCGUCCUCGGUAUUGAGUGGACGGAUGUGAAACACCGAACCUUCACCGGCACAGUCAUGAGUUUGUCCUGGAGCGCUGGAAACAUGCUUCUGGCUUUGAUGGCCUACUUCAUACGAGACUGGAGACACCUGACGUUGGCGGUGACGGCGCCCUGCACUGCUGCCAUCAUCGCCUGGUGGUGGCUGCCGGAGUCGGCACGCUGGCUGCUGGCUAACGGCAGGAUAGAGGAAGCCAAGAAGUAUUUGGUUCAGUGCGCUAAAAUGAACGGGAAGAACGAGUACACGUCCAAACUGGACUCUGAGACUUUGGGGAAGGUCACUGUGUCGGAGGUGGCAGAGAAGACCCACUCUUACCUGGACCUGGUCAGAACACCUCAGCUGAGGAAGAUCACACUCUGCUCUGGAUUGUUUUGGUUUGCCGUCGCCUUCCUGUACUACGGGAUCAGUUUCAGGAUCUCAGGUUUUGGUGUCAGUAUCUACCUCACUCAGUUCAUCUAUGGCGCCAUCGAAGCUCCCGCCAAAAUCUUCACCUUCUUUGUCCUGAACUGGAUCGGCAGGCGAAACGGCCAGGCGUGGUUUCUGAUCACAACAGGAGCUCUAAUUGGAAUCAACACGGCCAUACCUUUUGAGUACACGAUGGUUCGUAUGUGCAUCGCCGUCGUGUCCAAGGGCUUCUCAGAGGCGGCGUUCACCACGGCGUUCCUUUACACGGCUGAACUCUUCCCAACAGUCCUGAGGCAGUGCGGGAUCGGAUACACCUCGUGUCUCUGUCGGAUCGGGAGCUCGCUCGCUCCGCUCGUCAUGCUGCUGGAGGACGUCUGGCUCCUCCUGCCGCCGCUGAUCUUCGCCGUGACGGGGAUCAUCAGUGGGAGCUUAGUGUUCAUGCUCCCUGAGACGCUCAACGUGCGUCUGCCUGAGAACAUCUUCGACGUGGAAGAGGGGAGGUGGAGUAUCUUCAUACACAGACAAUGUGACGCCGAUGGGGACGCAAAGAUCGAGCUGAUGAAGCUGAACUCCAAAGAGACGACAGACGCGCAGGACGACUGA